AAUGGCGAGACCGGCGUAGUAGCCAGGUGUAGCGUGAACGAGUCGCGAGUGAGAGUGAAGUGACGCGCUUCGUAUAUAAACGCCUUUUUACCGCAUUUACGAUCGAGAAUCCAAAGGAGUGAUAAUUAAGCGUCACGCUGAUCGUUCCACUGUCUUCCACGAGCGCGGAAUUCGUCGAAAGAUGGAAGCGCGUUCGGGUGCCGCGAGCGAGAUCCCGCUGAGUACAGGUUAAGAACCGGUCGCUCGCUCGUGCGAAUAUGUCCGCGGAUACGUCUGAUAUGGACAUUGACAAUCAGAGCGAGGACGGAGAAAUCAAGAAGAGUCCAUCGAAGGAUAUGGGUGAUUACAGCUUUUCAGAGGAAGAGGGUGGCGACACGGCCGACUCCUUGGAUAUUAAACCGCCGCAGGCAGUUGUUCGCCAUCAUAAAUCCAGUUCGUCCCGUCGUAGAGAGAAGCACAGCGACAGGAGGAAUCGUAGAGAUGAGAAGGAACGCAAGUCGCGCCAGCACGAACGCGAGGACAGGCACAGGGACAAGCACAGGCAUCGCAGGCAUGUGGGCGAGCCUCUGGAGAGAUCCGAUCGUUUGGAAAGCUCCAAGAGGAAUCGCGAGAGAAUGGAGCGCCUAGACAGGAUGGAAGGCCAUUCUAGAGACAGAGAAUCCUCCAGGCACGAUCGCAAGGAAAGAAGUACGGGGGAUCGUGUCCUAGAAGAUUUGAGGGAAAGAUUAUUGGACAAAAGAAGAGAGAGACGAGAGGAUCCGCGCGAUACUCGCAAUUAUAAAAUCGAGUCGCGACACGAGGUGCGAUUGGAGGACCUGCGAGAGAUGCGCGAAACGCGCGAUCGGCGAGAAAUACGGAUAGAGGAUCUUCGGGACCGUCGUGAAAUACGCACCGUGGACGACGGCAGGGAACGUCGUGAGAUUCGUAUGGAGGAGCAGAGGCACAUACGAGUGAUAAUGGACGAUCAGUUCUCGGAGAGCGAAAUGAUGGAGAGAUCCGAGAAACGUCGCAAGAGAUCACACAAGCACGACCGAACUCGCGAGAGAGACCAGGAGAAGAUGGAGCGCGAGAAGGAGCACAGGGACAAACAGCUGCGGGAAGCGAUGGAGAUCGUAACCGACGAGAUCAAUGAGAUGGACGUGCAGAAUGAGAUGUCGAUACAGAUUAAAGAUCCGAAAGAAAUGACGGAGCAGGAGCUCAGGAAAGAGCGGCUGCUGGAAGCGGACAGAGAAAUGGCCAGGCGAAAAGAGGUGUCCAGGAUGGAGUUGGAAGCGAGAAGAAUGAAGCGAGGUGAGAAACGGCCGUUGAGCCCGGACAACAAUCCGGAUCCUUCGAUCGUAGAGCUGUCGGACGAGAGCGUGAGUCCUGCCCACUCCGAGGGCGCGCGUUCGAAAUCAGCCGAGUCCAGACACUCGUCCGAAGGCGAGAGAAGCCCGCAUGAGAGAUCUUCGGAGCGACAUUCGUCCGACUCGUCGGAAUCGAGCAGCGACGACGACGACGAAUCUAACGAGUCGAACAAAGGUUCGGCUGGCGAUUCCAACGAUGGCUCAGAAUACAACAAUCCAAGCCCGUUGUCCGUCGAUCGAUUAGCCAAAUCCGAUCAUUCGGACGGAGAUUCUCCUGGACAUGUCGAUUCCAAUAAUGCUACGAAAAUCAUAGAGGAGGAGGAAAAGAAAGAGGAGGAGCCGGAGUUACCGCCAUAUCUGCCAGCUAUUCAAGGUUGUAGAAGCGUCGAGGAGUUUCAAUGUCUAAAUCGAAUCGAAGAAGGUACAUACGGAGUCGUGUACAGAGCACGCGACAAGCGCACGGACGAGAUAGUCGCGUUGAAACGUUUGAAAAUGGAAAAGGAGAAAGAAGGCUUUCCAAUUACGAGUUUGAGGGAGAUCAAUACUUUAUUGAAAGCGCAACAUCCCAAUAUUGUUACCGUGCGUGAGAUAGUCGUCGGCAGUAACAUGGAUAAGAUAUUUAUUGUCAUGGAUUACGUGGAGCACGAUCUGAAAUCCCUGAUAGAAACCAUGAAGCAGAAGAAACAAGUUUUUAUACCCGGAGAAGUUAAAUGCCUCAUGCAACAAUUGUUGCGCGCGGUCACGCAUCUACAUGACAACUGGAUAUUACAUCGCGACCUGAAGACCUCGAAUUUGCUAUUAAGUCACAGGGGCAUUUUGAAAGUCGGUGACUUUGGCUUAGCUCGGGAGUAUGGUUCUCCCUUAAGGCAGUACACGCCGAUCGUCGUGACGCUUUGGUACAGAGCUCCCGAAUUAUUGCUGUGCGACAAGGAAUAUGUGGGAUUAUAUAGUACGCCUAUAGAUAUGUGGUCUGUAGGGUGCAUUUUCGCCGAGCUUCUGAGAAUGGAACCAUUGUUCCCGGGAAAAUCGGAUAUAGAUCAAUUAAAUAAAAUAUUUAAGGAACUGGGUACACCAAGCGAGAGGAUUUGGCCGGGAUACGCCAAGUUACCCAUAGUACAAAAGAUCCCGUUUGCGCAUUAUCCUGUAAAUAAUCUCAGGCAAAGAUUUAGCCUGUCGUUGUCCGAUCUAGGCAUCGAGAUGUUGAACAAAUUUUUAACGUACGAUCCUCGUCAACGUGUAACCGCCGAAGAUGCCCUGAAUCACGGCUAUUUUACCGAAGCGCCUUUGCCAAUCGAUCCGCAAAUGUUCCCCACGUGGCCCGCCAAGUCGGAGCAAGGAACUAGAACUUCGAACGCGUCUCCGAAGCCACCGAGCGGCGGCAGAGAGUAUAAACAAUUGGGCGACGGUGACGACGCCGAUUUGAGCAACUCCGGUUUUCACAUGGGUUUGACGGAGGGUGGCAGAGCACCGCCGGUUGGCGGUGGCUUCCACCUGAAAUUCUAAUUGAGAGAGACAACUUUGUAAUCUAAAUUGUAACAAAAUUUUUCUAAAUACAUUUAUACAAAAUAUACGCGCGCGCACACAAAGUGGAAAAUCUAAAGCAAAACAUCGGAAUAUAUCCUUAAUUAAAUUCAAAAGGCAAAAAUGUUUCAGGUAAAAAUUGCAUGAUUUCAAACAUAUGCAUAAAAAUAUUAAUUUACAAUUAUCAAGAAAUUGGUUUACGAAAUUUCAUAUUUUAUGUUGAAAUAUGACAUGUGAUUAAGUAUAAAAUAUCUCGUAAAAAAAAAUUGAUUUUUGGAUAACUUCAUCUUGAUACUUUUACAUAUAGAAUAAUUAGAGGAAUUAUAUUAUGUUAAAAAAAAAUCAUUCCAUUAAAAAAAAUGGAAAUGAUCAUGUUUUUGAAAAGUCGAUUGAGAAAUUGAUUUUAUUUUAUUGUUUGUCCUUCAAAUUAUACAACUUUUGUCUGAAUAAUUUUUGCUUACCGGCUUUAGUUUUUGAUAUAUUUCGGUGUUGUUUUAGAUGCCCCAUCUUAUAUAAUACGCAAAAUAUAUGUAUAUAUUUUUCUUCCGUUGUAGAAGAAAAGAGAACAUUCGUAUAUAUUUUUAAUUAAACAAUAAUAUGUUUCAUUAUUUUUAUAAAAUGAAGAUGUCCGCGAUAGUUCUUCGCAUCUUGUCGCAUAUGAUUUUAUAGUAUGAAAUAAUAUACAUGUAUUUAUGUAUCAAUUUAUUAUUCUCAGAAUGAAACACAAUUCAAACUGGCAAUCCUUCAACCUCAAAACUAUCCUUUUGUAAACAAUUUUUUAUAAAACGAUAGCUGAGGUAUCAAACCCGAGGCUUGCCAACUGUGAGUUACUCUCAUCCGGAGUUAUUACACGUUGCCCUACGAAUAUUACGGAAUAGAAAUAUUCAUUGUAAAAUAAAAAUCAAAAUGAAAGCAUUUACGAUUAAUGUUCGUAAUUUAAUUCGUCACUUUGCGAUUACAAGUUAUAGGGAGAAAGUGAGAGAAAAAUAGUACAAGGAAUUAUGUAACAGAAACAUGUAAUAAAAUCGAAAGACUA